AUGACGAAAACUCUACUUGCAUUGUUUAUUAUCUUGUCUCUGUUUCAUGUCCCUGCUUUUGCUGCUAGAAAAUCGUACAUUGUUUACUUGGGAUCUCACUCACAUGGCCCUGAAGUCUCCUCCUCAGCUCUUAAACUUGUAUCUGAAUCUCAUCAUGAAUUGCUGGGAUCCUUUUUGGGAAGUCAUGAGAAGGCUAGAAACGCAAUCUUCUACUCCUACGACAGACAUAUCAACGGCUUUGCAGCCGUUCUUGAAGAAGAAGAAGCUGCAGCUAUUUCAAAGCAUCCUAGUGUGAUCAGUGUGUUUCCAGAGAAGGGGAAGAAGUUGCACACAACACAUUCAUGGGAGUUCAUGCAAAUGGAGAAGGAUGGUGUGAUCCCUUCAAGUUCCUUGUGGUCAAAGGCAAGAUUUGGUGAAGACACAAUCAUCGGAAACCUUGACACUGGUGUUUGGUCUGAAUCCCAAAGCUUUAGCUCAGAUGGACUUGGACCUGUUCCUUCUCGAUGGAAAGGAAGUUGCAACACCGCUGGAGAUGUUCGUUGCAACAGGAAGCUUAUAGGGACAAGGUACUUCAACAAAGGGUACUUGGUUUCUGCUGGUCUAAAAAGCAACUCUUCCUUUGAGUCAGCUCGUGACCAUGACGGUCACGGGACUCACACUCUCUCAACAGCAGGAGGCCACUUUGUCCCUGGAGCUAGCGUCUUCGGUGUAGGCAACGGAACUGCGAAAGGAGGCUCUCCAUUGGCGAGGGUAGCUUCCUACAAGGCCUGCUGGCCUCCCUUUAAUGGUUCUGAGUGUUUUGACGCUGAUAUAUUGGCUGCCUUUGAUAUGGCCAUUCAUGACGGUGUUGAUGUCCUCUCCAUCUCACUCGGUGGUGACCCUGCUGAUUAUUUCAAUGAUGCCAUUGCCAUUGGCUCCUUCCACGCUGUUAAACAUGGUAUCACUGUGGUAUGUUCCGCUGGAAACUCUGGUCCUGACCCUGCAACUGUCUCAAACGUAGCCCCUUGGAUACUCACAGUAGCAGCCAGCACGAUGGACCGUGAGUUCCAGUCCUUUGUACAGCUUGCAAACGGUGAACGGUUCAAGGGUGAAACCAUGUCAAAGGCAUUGCCUGUAGGGAAACUGUUCAGCCUCACAACGGGAGCUCAAGCUAAAAUUGCCAAUGCUUCUGCUAUAGAUGCGAUGCUUUGCAAAGAAGGGACAUUAGAUCCACACAAGGCAUAUGGUAAGAUCAUUGUGUGUCUGAGAGGAAACACAUCGAGAGUAGACAAAGGGAGACAAGCUUCUCUGGCUGGUGCUGUUGGUAUGAUUCUAUGCAAUGAUAAGGGAUCAUGGAAUGAUAUCAUAGCAGAUCCACAUGUUCUUCCUGCUACACAUAUCAACUUUUUCGAUAGCCAAGCCUUGUUCUCUUACGUUAACUCAACUUAUUUAGAGCCCAUGGGUACUCUUACUGCACCUGUAGCAGCUUUUGGCAUCAAACCAGCUCCUUAUAUGGCAAACUUCUCAUCUCAAGGACCUAACACUAUUACAUCAGGAAUCCUUAAGCCUGAUGUGACUGCUCCUGGGGUCGACAUCAUAGCUGCCUACACAAGAGAACAAAGUCUCAGCGGCUUGGAGUCUGAUCCUCGCACGACUGCAUUCUAUACAGAAUCUGGCACUUCCAUGUCCUGCCCUCAUGUUGCGGGUGUUGCUGGUCUUCUUAGGACAAUGCACCCUUCAUGGAGUCCAGCUGCUAUCAGAUCAGCUAUCAUGACCACCGCAAGAACACGAGACAACAGAUUUAGCCCCAUGCUCAACGGGUCCUACGUGAAGGCAAACUCAUUCAACUACGGGUCAGGACAUAUCAGACCAAGCCGGGCAGGAGACCCUGGACUUGUCUAUGACUUGACAGUGAACGACUACUUGGACUUUCUUUGCGCACUUGGGUACAACAAAACAAUGAUUAAGCUUUUCUCAGAGAGUCCUUCCUACAAAUGCCCCAAGGAAGCUAGUGUGGUAGACUUAAACUAUCCAUCCAUCACGGUGCCUAACCUCACAGGCUCUGUGACUGUGACAAGGAAACUGAAGAAUGUAGGAUCCGUGGGCACUUAUGCAGCAGGAGUCAGGGAGCCGUAUGGAGUGUCAGUGAACGUUGAGCCGAGUGUGUUGAAGUUUGACAGAGUUGGUCAGGUGAAAAGCUUUAAGAUGACAUUGAAACCUAUAUGGGUGGCAAAAGACUAUGCCUUUGGUGGUCUCACAUGGAGUGAUGGUAAACAUUAUGUAAGAAGUCCCAUUGUUGUCUCUACCGUCUAGUUGA